AUGAAGCUUUCUCGAAUUGCUCUGCUGGCACUCUCGGCAGCUCCCACGCUGCAUGCCUUGGAUUCGAGGGCUUUGAUGGGGUUGACAGCGAGUGCGCCAGGAACAGUCACCCCGACGGCGACCAGCGACAAUCCAGUCGCGACACAUACCGGAGGAGAGGUGACCAUUUUAUCCAGUCCACCACACGAUAUCACGGCUCCGGAGCCUCUAAUAACUGCAGGACCACUGGACCCGACACCAACGUCCACGCGGACGUGGACUGUCACGGUAUGUCCAGAUUGUGCUCCCACGGAUUAUCCCACCAUUGCAGACCUUCCUGGCAUUGUUCCCUAUGCCAUGAAGAUUCCUGGGGUGGCGGAUAUCACCAUUACGAUCACAACGACGUCGACAAUCACAUCGUGUACUUGCAGCGAUACCCCUACUAGUCAUCCGGCGCCUCCGACUUUGACAACCACGACAACCACGACAACCACUCCUACUCCUACAUCUAGUACUACUAUUUUGACUACUACGUCGGCUAGUACUUCGAGUACUACUUCGAGAACGACGACUCCUACUCCUCCGAGCACGACGAUGACUACUUCGACAACUACUUCGAGGACGACGACUCCCACUCCUACGAGCACGAUUGCCUCUGCUUCUACUACUACUUCAACUAGUACUUCGACUUCUACUUCGACUACUACUUCGAGCAUGACCACUUCAACCACCACUACCCCGCCUGGUGCAGUUGUGACCAUCACGGUGACCACCACUAACCCGGGGCCGACAAUCACCAACACAGUCACGGCGCCUGGAGGCACAGUCACAAUCACCCAGGGAACAACCGGCACAGUCACUGUCACGACGACCGAGAUACCACCACCGGUUACAGUGACUGCCAGCCCUGGAUAUGGGGUCACUCAAACUAUCACCGCAACCUCGACUGAAACCCACAUUUCAACCAUCACCAAUCCUGUUGUGACGGUGACGGAUACUACGACCGUGACUCAGGACCGAACGCAGACCAUGGCAGCUCCCCCCUCGACGAUCACGAAUAUUUCGACGGUAACAGAGACGGCGACGACAUCAGUGACACUUCCCGGCAUGACCACAACGGACACGACAACGUUGACCGCAAUCAACACGGUGAUCUCGACCAUCACGAAUGCUGGACAAACCACAACAGCCACAGAGACAGUGAUACCGACACAGACAACCACCGCGACGGUCACCAAUCCCGGAGCCACAGUGACGAAUCCUGGAGUCACAGUGACAGACGUCGCGACAUCGACGGAGACCUUGACCUCGACAAUCACGAACCCUGUGGUGACGAUCACAGAGAGUACCACGCAGACUGAAACAAUCAUCCUGCCUGGCACGACAGUGUUCAGCUCGGAAACUAUCACCCUCCCCGGCGGCACUAUCACAAAUGUCCAGACAUUGACGAUUUCCGGGACUACAUUGACCACGACUGAGGUGAUGACCCUCCCUCCAACGACGAUCACGAACAUCCAAACAGCCCCAGGGGUCACCCUCCCAGGAGCUACAGUGGUCACGACACUCACUGAGCCGCCACGAACAGUAACUAUAUCGGGAUCCGUGGUCACCCUACCAGGAUCGACCAUCAUCCAGACUACUACUCUCCCUCCCGGUCCUCCGGCGACCGUCUCCGUGACCAUUAUCCGCAGUACGACCAUUCAUGACACCGUUACCCUGCCAGGAUCCAACACAACUGUCACCGUCACUGCUCCAGCGACCACCAUCGGUACCACGGCAACCCUCCCAGCCAGCAAGACAACCCUCUCAAUCUGUCCCACGCUCAUCGUCAACCCGACGUACACUCCCUUGGUACCAGUUCCCCGCAACUACACCUGGGGUUGUCCGCCAGGCUACCUUUGCAAGCCCAAGCACACCGGCGCCGACGCAGGGUGCAACAUCGAGGCCAAUCUGCCGGCGGAAAGCUACCUCUGCAGUCCUGAGGAGUGCAUCAAGAGCCCGCCCAGGAUCCACGACCAGUUCUGGGGCGACCCCGUGGAUUCCAACGAGAUUCGCUCCACCUACAACGUCUCCCGCGACUACUUCAACCUCAACCCGGAGAUCUUCGGACUGAGCUACGACAUCUUCCGCUUCCCGGACCUGCAGCCGGGCCAGGACCAUUACUACAAACGGUCCCUCCGGCGGUCCGCAGGAAGGCUACACUAUCGGGAUGUGAUAGGCGCCAAGCCAAUCCCUGGGCAGUGCUACCCUAUAUGCAACGAUGCGGCGCUGGAGGUCGAACAGACCGGCAAGGACCCGAACAUCUGCAAGGACGGCUCAGCGUUCAAGGUCACGCUGGCAAGCUGCAAGGCGUGCAUCGACCUCCAUCAGACACCCUACUCUGGAUCCUUUGACGACCUUCUGCCGGAAUUCCAGCAGUUCCUGAAUUUUUGCGUCGGGCUAGGGUCCGGGACGACCACGGCCGCGGCGCAGACCGUGCCUUCGUCCACGACGGUUCAAGUGUCAACGCCAGUGACGUCGCAGACAGCGACUGUGACUGACUCGUCUACAACGGUUCAGGUGUCAACGCCAGUGACGUCGCAGAGAGUGACUGUGACUGUGACUGACUCGUCUACGACGAGCACUAGUGAAAGCGACGAUGAGAAUACCAGCACGACUUCGGCGGAUGCCUUUACUAGGUCGCCUGCGGCAACUGUACUCACCACUAAGAGCGAUGACGACGAAUCGACCAUACCAGGGACAACUACUCCCACACAAUCUGCCUCGCAGUCCGAGCCAACCACCACUAUCGCGUCUGCGACGUCCGUCUCUACCACGAGCGGGCAGUCUAUCAGCCCAAGCAAGACUUCGUCUCCAUUCGCGACCAGCGAGUCAGCCACCGGCCACAGCGAAACGACCCGUACGACUCCCACUGGCAGCGCAACCUCAAGCUCUUCAUCCGCGCCUACCGUUGAAGUCGACCCAGCUACAAAUGAACUUUCCACCAGCAACGGUAGAAAUACCAGUGCCGCAACGGAGGGAGCCAGUACAGCAGGAGCAACGGGUACGCAAGGAGGAAAUGGUACACCGACCCUGAGCACGUCGACCACACCGUCUCUCUUCACUGGUGGCGUUGCCGCGAUGAGCGUGCCAUCCCACUGGGGGAUUGCUGCUGUGGUGUUUGGUCUUGUCGGUCUGCAACUAUAA